GCUGCUGAGGAGCCACAUGGUCCAUCCCUGGAUUCUCCAAGCACUGACUGCCCAUCCACUCUGACCACAGCCAGGAGCCACAUCCCACUGUCUGCCCAGCGUCCAUCCAUGGAGAUGACCACAGUGUCCUCAUCGGCCAUCUCACCCACCAAAGCAGAUGAUCUGUGUGAGACAGAUGUCACCAAGGUGGCCAUACACAGUGUGACUCUGCUCAUCUGCCUCUGUGGGCUGGCUGGGAACGGGGCUGUCAUCGGCCUCCUCAACCUGAAAAUCCCCAGCUAUGGCAUCUUUGACCUGGCUGUUGCCGAUUCCCUCUUCCUCCUCUUUGCGGUCCCCUCCGCCCUCGCCUUCCUGGUGGAGGACGUGUCCUGCUCUCCCAUCCUGCCCCUGCUGUACCUGCGUUUCCUUUUCCAGCUGUCAGUGGUCUCCUGCUACUGGGGGCUGUUCCGGCUGAUGCUCAACAGCAAUGUGCAGUACGUGUACAAGCUCUGGAAGCUCUGCUGGCACUCCGACCUUCCUGAAAGGCUGGUGUGGGUGGUGGACAGUGUCCAAUAUUCUGCCUUCUUUGCUCUCUUUGCUGUCAUUCCUGCAGUGACAUUCCUGUGCCCAUCACACGAGCAGCAGCACUGUGGUGUGCCCCUCAUCUCCAUGUUCACCCUCAUCCUGCUCCUCUUUGUUGCACCCGUAAUCAUUUCCAGCACAAUUGACUUCAUUAAGUCCAAGUGGGGCUCCCAGCAGCAGCAACCCAAGAGGCGCGACAUCGUUGUCAUCCUCACUCUGCUCCUCACUCUCCUCCUCAGUUUCUGCAAUUUCCUGCAGCAGAUUGGUUACGUCCUUUUGUCAUCCCAGGCUGUGUUCCUGCUCACCUGCCUGCACAGCAGCAUCAAACCCUUCAUCUACUUCUUGGCAGGGAGGUGCAGAAGACCCUUCUCCGUAACGUCUCUCUGGCUCUCCCUCCAGAGAGUCUUUGAGGAGCCAAAAGAAAAAACUGACCACAGCGAUGAUUCCUCCACAGACACAGAGGUCUGAGCCUGUUGAUCCCUUCCACUGCUCUGCUGAAGGACCCCAGCACAGAGACUGAGGGUUUCCUUGAGUCGCCUGACGAAUAAAUAUCCACAGGAUCACCCUCCCUGUGGUGGUGUAUUCCUGCAGGAGAAGGGAGCAUGGGCAUUGCCUUGGGUGAUUGUUGUGGGAUGCUCUGCAGGGAGCACAUUGGAGCAUGGCUUUCCUCCUCCCCCCUGGAUCCGCAAGGCUCCAAGCAGUGCAGCUGGGCUCAGUGCUGUUCCACAGCUCUAUUCCCCAUGGAAUGACCCUCAUGGCCUCGGCCCCAGGGAAUGAACUCCAUCUCCUCUGGCUCAGCAGAUGAGUUUCAUGGUGCUUUCAGGGACCUCUUGCCUGCAAAGCAUGGGACACCUUAAUCCCUGGGGACACACCCAGCACAGGGUGGCAGUGAUUUCCCAAAUCCCUGCAGGUCUGGUGCCUCUGGAUGGCAGGAGAGGGGCUGGGAUCACACACAGCAUCCUUCCCCUUCUGUCCGGCAGAGCCAGCCCUGCAUUCCCAGCUGAUGGGAAGGGACACCAGGUAGGGCUGCAGAGCUGGGGACGGACAGCAACAUUCCCUUGUCCUUUCAGUGGGAAUUUGUCACAUUCUUUAAUUCCAGAAUUUAAUCCUUCUGAGUAAAGUGCAGGGUCGAUAGUGAACUCCACUGAACUCCUGUGCCUGUACCAGAAAGUACAUGGAGGAUGGAAAUCCCCAUCAGCAGAUGCUUGGACCAUUUAAUUGCACAGAAAUUAGGGGGUUCUGCUCCUCUUCUGCAGAAUGGGGCCAUCCAUCCUCUGGUUCCCCAGCAUCAGUGUCCAGGGAAGCCCUUGACCACCUCCAUCCUGAACCUGGCCACCCUCAGGAGGAGCUGAACAGCGACUGCACAGCAGCUUCAGCCACAGGCGAGGCUGUGCAGAUCUUUGUCAUUCUGUAACUACCUCUCCAUCAGAUUUGGAUUCAUGGUUUUUAUUUAUUUCCACUGUGGUAGUCCCAGCCUCUGAAUUUGUUGAAUAAACAACAACCAGGCUUCACUGCAGAGCCUGUGCCUGUAAAACAGUGUCCAAAAUGGCUCAUUUCCUUAUUUUAUCCCAUUCUAAAGCCUCUGGCUUGUCUGUGAGCAGGGCAGGUGCUUGUCACAUACCUGAGCCCUUCCUAAGGCACGUGCCUGCAGUGGCUGGGAUGAUGUUGGCAGUGCCAAGAGCUCCUCAAUCCUCCGGAGAGACCUGGGCAGCAGCCACCUCUCUUACUCUGGGGAAGUUGUCCCUCCUUUUCCCACUGCCUUAAAUCCAGGGGAAAGCAACGUGCCACUGCUUCUGGAAAGGGAAGUGAAAGUGAAAGCUGUUAGUUGUGAGUCAGACUUGGAGAUACACAUGAAGUUAAACAGCUAAGGAGCAUUUAUUAACAGAGUUGUUAAUUAUUAACAAAAGAAAGAGACUUUGAUAUCUGAGAGGGUUUUUCUCUCCCUGUCUCCUGUUUUCCUGUCCAUUGGAGAGCAGAAGCUUUUCAGGGUACAACCUGUUAUCCAGGGAAGAACAACUCAGCCUGGGGGUUGCUCCCAAGGCAAGUGCAGGAGGAUCAUGAUCCUCCAAUGGACUUUUUCAACUUCCCAGAACCUGCCUUGUCUCCUGGGUCACCCAGACCACUCCCUACCUGAGCUUCCUUUCAAAAGAGCAAAGACGUCAAAGCAAGAGGUUUCCUGGCUGUCCCUGCCCAUGGCAGAAGGAGAGAUGGAAUGAGAUGAUCUCUAAGGUUCCUUCCAACCCAAACCAUUCCAAGAGGAUUUCUCACAUCAUUCAGCAUCCACGCCAGGCAGGAGUUCCCCUGCUGCACCCAGCACCAGCCUGACAGAGCUCAAGGAGAAUUUGAACAAUACUUUCAGGCACAGGCUGGGAUUGUUGGGAUGUCCUGUGCAGGGCCAGGAGCUGAACUCCAUGGUCCUUGUGGGUCCCUUCCAACUCAGGAUAUUUUAUGGCUCUCUUUUAUGAUGCCUCUCUUUCAUGAUGAUUCCACUGUGUUGUCCCUAUGCCCUGGCUCUGGCACAUCCUCAAAAGCCCUCUGGAAGGCAACACUAACAGAGGGGCUGAAUUCCUUUGCACAGCUCCCAGCCAGGAAGUAAAUCACAGGCUGGGCACUGCUGUUGGCCCAUGAGCCAGAGCACAGCUCUGCUCCCACCACUGCACACAGGCACAGAGCAACACAGAGCAACGCUGCACCCCAAACGUGGCUUUCCCAUCUUUUCCCACCCACAGCUUCCAUGUGAAGCAGCACAGGGACGGGUGAGGGACAGGACAGAAGGCAAGUAGGGUGUGGGAGCCUGGUCUGUGAAAUAAAUGGGCAGGAGAUCUUUCUCCUUUUUAAUGCCUUUAUUAAGAAGAAUCAGCUCAGGAGGGGAGAAAUCGACGGGUUGCGCCCUCGCCGCCGUUGCUCCCAGGCGUGGCGCGUGGCACGACGGAGGAAGAUGAUGCAGCUUUGUCCACUGGUCUGCAGACAGAACUGGGGACUCUGUCCUCACGGGAGAGUCGUUGAGUCCUUAGUUUGUGUG